AUGCACCUGAGCAUUGCCUUCCUUGUCCUGGGUCUUGUCUUCACUGUGCAUGCAGCUCCUGUCAAUAAUGAGGCUCCGAAACAGGGUACACCUUCCAAAAUCCUCGACUGGAUCAUUUCUCGACAAUAUUUCAAAUCACCUCCACUUCCCCAACUUCCUUCGCCUGAAACAGCAAGCUCCACAGGCCCGAUUCACUACCAAUUUUUUCCCAUCGAGUCGAUUAUGCCCUUUCCCGAUCUCCUCCCAAAAUUGAAUAGACCGAAAGCCCAAUCCGAAGCCAAAAUCAAGGCCCAAUCCUGGAUUCGCAAGAUACUUUCAGUUUACGACAGAGAUGUGGUGGAACAGCCGGAGACAACUUUUGCUGGAAAGUUGGAACACUUCGUUAUCCAGAUAGACUCCCAGGUUCAGAUUAGAGAGCACGUAACGUGUCCGUGUCAAGUUAUAGUGAAAGCUCCAUCAACGCCAGACUCAAAAGGCAUGGUCAUUUUUAUUCCCUACAUCGACGGUGAGAAGCACCGUGUACAUGCGAGGCCGGUGGUUGCCAAACAUCCGUCUGUUUAA